CUUCCGCUGAUUCUCGUGUAGAACAUUCGCAACUCCCUUGGCUGAAUAUCUCUUAACCGCAAUCGAUAAACAGGAAGAAUUGUUGCCGCUCUAAGCAUAGAGACGGGACUGAACUCCAUGCAUCAGCACUUCCGGUCUGCCAUAGAAGUGGCAUUCCACUCCAGUUUUUAAUGCAAAGCAACUAGGACUAGCAGCAUAGAGGAAGCAAGAGAAGAGAGAAGCCUAGCGUCUCAUGCCAUCCGUGACUUCCGCCGUAGACACAGCGGCGGGCGGCUAAGGUCCGAGGGCCGCGAUGGGUGACGAGGACUGGGAUAAUGAAAUCACGGAUAACAGCGGUGGCGACAGAGGAGCCUUGCCUGCCUUCCAGCCCAAUUUCCAAACGCUGGGCAGCUUACCUGCAAGAGCAAAUGAAACUUCAGGGGUCUUCAGUCAGAGUGUAAAGUUUGCAGAUGCUGAUAAUGAGCCUAGCAGAGGAUAUCAAUCUAUGCAGAGUUCGGGAUGGCCGAGUGGAAGCCAAGGUUUUGGUGGAAAACAAAAUGGAGUAGAAAAACGAAGCGGUGGAUUUGGAAGUGGGCACGGUUUUGGAAACAGAGGUGCAUUAGGAAACAGAUCUGAAGAAAGAAACAAUUCAGGUUUUGGGAGAGAAGUUGCUGAUAGUGAAGACAGCCAUUCAGAGUCAGUAUUCUCAAGGAGAGGCGGAAUGAUUAGUGGCAGUGAUGCACGUAGGGGUGGACAAGGAUCGAUCAGAGGUGGCCAUGGAGAACGUGGGCUAUUUACAGAUAAUGGAUGUGAGAUGCAAGAUGGAGGACAACAUUCUGGUUUCUUUGAUUCAAAAAGAGGGCGGUUUGGUGGUUCUUCAGGUGAUUCUGAAAAUAGAAGAGGAAGAGGAUUUAGAGACAGAGGGGGUUACAAGGGCAGCAAUGAAGAAGUGAUUGGAGGUGCUGGGAAAAGUAUGUGGAAAUCAGAUGGUGAUGGAGAAGGAGGUGAUACUGUAGGUCCAAAGGUGACAUAUGUGCCACCGCCACCACCAGACAGUGAAGAUGCUAUUUUCGCACAUUAUCAAACAGGAAUAAACUUUGACAAAUAUGAUAAUAUUCUUGUGGAAGUGUCAGGACGUGAUUGCCCAGCCGCAAUUCUGACCUUUGAAGAAGCUGGUCUCUGUCAAACAUUAAUCAAGAAUAUUGCAAAAGCUGGAUAUUUUAAACUUACUCCUGUACAGAAGCAUAGCAUUCCUAUUGUGCUGGCAGAACGUGAUUUAAUGGCAUGUGCCCAAACAGGAUCUGGGAAGACGGCAGCUUUUCUAAUACCAAUUUUGGCCCAGAUGAUGCAAGAUGGAGUUUCUGCCACUCAGUUCAAAGAACAGCAAGAACCAGAAUGUAUAAUAGUAGCUCCAACAAGAGAACUUGUAAAUCAGAUCUUUCUUGAAUCAAGAAAAUUUGCAUAUGGAACUUGCAUAAGGCCAGUUGUGGUUUACGGGGGUACGAAUACAAUUCAUUCAAUUCGUCAAGUAAUGCAGGGCUGUAAUAUAUUAUGUGCUACUCCUGGAAGACUUCUGGAUAUCAUAGGCAGAGAAAAGAUUGGGUUGAGCAAAGUAAGAUAUUUGGUUUUAGACGAAGCAGACCGUAUGUUGGAUAUGGGAUUUGGCCCAGCGAUGAACAAGUUGAUUUCCUCUCCUGGAAUGCCACCAAAGGACAAACGGCAGACACUAAUGUUCAGUGCCACUUUCCCUGAAGAAAUUCAGAGGCUGGCUGGAGAAUUUUUGAAGGUGGACUAUCUUUUUGUUGUUGUUGGACAAGUGGGUGGAGCCUGCAGUGAUGUUCAGCAGACUAUAGUUCAAGUUAGUCAGUAUGACAAGAGAGACAAACUAGUUGACAUUCUCAACAGCAUAGGUGAUCAGCGAACAAUGGUGUUUGUUGAAACUAAGAAAAAGGCAGAUUUUUUUGCAACUCUUCUUUGCCAAGAAAAAAUAAAAACAACAAGUAUUCAUGGUGAUCGGGAGCAGAGAGAACGAGAAGAAGCUCUUCGUGAUUUUCGUUCUGGAAAAUGCCCUGUUCUUGUUGCAACAUCAGUGGCAGCGAGAGGUCUGGAUAUUGAGAAUGUUCAUCAUGUUAUAAAUGUCGAUCUUCCUUCCACAAUAGAUGAAUAUGUUCACAGGAUUGGGCGCACUGGACGCUGUGGUAACAUCGGCAAAGCAAUUUCUUUCUUUGAUCCUCUUAAUGACAGCAGUAUUGCACAGUCCCUAGUCAAAGUACUUGUGGAUGCUCAACAGGAAGUCCCAUCAUGGCUAGAAGAAAUAGCUUGUAGUUCUGGUGCAAUUGGAUUUAGCAAUACAAGGGGAAAUUUUGCAUCCGUUGAUUCUAGAAAGUUUUCACAGGGUUUCCAUAGUAAAGAAAAUCAGCACAGUGGAGGAUUUGUUGCAUCAAAUACAAGUGCGGACAAUGAGAUGUGGGAUUGACUGACUACCUACAGUGAGGGAAUGAAAUUCUUAUCAUGCUAAAUCUUCCAAGCACAGUAGUUACAUGCCAAGCUGUCUGAAUCCUAAACACAUUUCUUUAAAUCCCUUUGAUUUCAGUGGCAUUUACUUCCAAGAAUGUAUGCUUAAGGUUGAACUGUUGAGGAAACUGUUGAUAUUACUGUCCACCAAUGUUCAGAAAAUGUGGAUGGGCUUAUAUUUACAAGGAGACUGUUUUGUUUUGACUUGAAUGUUUUGUUUGUUAAUAUUCUUAAAAGUUGGUGAAGAAACAGAAAUUUGUUGUAAAAAGUUAAUGAUUGUAAAAAUACCUAAUAAAGAUUUAGGAUCAUA